AUGGGAGAGAGCAGCUGGACCCUGUGCGGGCAAUGGGAGCUCAGCAGCAGGGCGAACCUUGUGGACCUUCAGAAGAAGCUCGAGGAACUGGAGCUGGACGAGCAGCAGAAGAAGCGCCUGGAAGCUUUCCUCACACAGAAAGCCAAAGUGGGCGAGCUGAAGGACGAUGACUUUGAGAGGAUCUCCGAAUUGGGGGCUGGCAAUGGUGGUGUGGUCACCAAAGUGCAGCACAAACCCUCAGGGCUCAUUAUGGCACGGAAGCUGAUUCAUUUAGAAAUCAAACCAGCCAUCAGGAAUCGGAUUAUCCGAGAGCUGCAGGUGCUGCACGAGUGUAAUUCCCCAUAUAUCGUGGGUUUCUAUGGAGCCUUCUACAGUGACGGAGAGAUCUCCAUCUGCAUGGAGCACAUGGAUGGUGGGUCUUUGGAUCAAGUGUUGAAAGAAGCCAAAAGAAUUCCCGAGGAGAUCUUGGGGAAAGUCAGUAUAGCGGUUCUGAGAGGCUUGGCGUAUCUGAGAGAGAAGCACCAAAUCAUGCACAGAGAUGUGAAGCCUUCUAACAUCCUGGUUAAUUCUCGAGGAGAGAUUAAGCUGUGUGAUUUUGGGGUCAGCGGUCAACUCAUUGACUCCAUGGCAAACUCUUUUGUGGGAACUCGGUCCUACAUGUCUCCUGAGCGGUUGCAGGGCACCCACUACUCGGUCCAGUCUGACAUCUGGAGCAUGGGUCUGUCGUUAGUGGAGCUGUCUAUCGGAAGGUACCCAAUCCCCCCGCCAGACUCCAAGGAACUGGAAGCAAUAUUUGGCCGUCCUGUGGUGGACGGGGCAGAGGGAGAGUCUCACAGCAUCUCGCCGCGGGCCAGGCCCCCAGGACGCCCCGUCAGUGGCCAUGGGAUGGACAGCCGGCCUGCGAUGGCCAUCUUUGAACUGCUGGAUUAUAUAGUUAAUGAGCCACCUCCCAAGCUGCCGAAUGGAGUUUUCACGCAAGAUUUCCAGGAGUUUGUAAAUAAAUGCUUAAUUAAAAAUCCAGCAGAACGGGCAGAUCUGAAGAUGCUGAUGAGUCACACCUUCAUCAAACGCUCCGAAGUGGAGGAGGUGGAUUUCGCCGGCUGGCUGUGCAAAACGCUACGGUUGAACCAGCCCAGCACACCCACCCGUGCUGCCGUGUGAAGGCCGAGCCGACCGCCUGGUGUCAGUACAUCUGCCUCUGUCACCAUUUCCUCUCCUUCAGUAAAUGACAGAACUGCCCUCCUUCCUUCUCCCCGGCCCCCGCUCGCCUCGCGUCCCAGCGGCAAAGCACCAUCCCCUCGGAAGCGUCUUUAUCGGCCGUCCCCCAGCCAAAGCGGGGUUGGUUUCUUUUGAUGUGGGGGUGUUCCAGGCCUCUGCUCCAGCUCUGGAGCUCCUGACACUUGGGAAAUGUG